AUGACGGAAAUUCCUUGUGCUGCCCCGACAGACUGGACAGUUCGCACCGUGUUUGCUUUUGCUGCCCAGCUCACCUCGGCACUACACCACACAUGCACUACACCAUGCAUGCACUACACCAUGCAUGCACUACACCAUGCAUGCACUACACCAUGCAUGCACUACACCAUGCAUGCACUACACCAUGCAUGCACUACACCAUGCAUGCACUUCACUAUGGAUGCAAUCACCAUGCAUGCACUUCACCAUGCAUGCACUACACCAUGCAUGCACUUCACCCAUGCGGUUUGGCUUUCGUCCAUCCAUCUGUCUCGCUGUACACCCCGCCAGGUGGAGGCAUUUCGGGAACUAUCCCGGCAGCCGGACAUAUACGAGAGGCUGGCUCGCUCCCUGGCGCCGUCCAUCUAUGAGCUGGAUGACAUCAAGAAGGGGCUGCUGUGCCAGCUCUUCGGGGGGUCGGUAAAACGCCUGUCAUCAGGAGUGCAGUUCCGCGGGGACAUGAACGUGCUGCUGGUGGGGGACCCGGGCACGAGCAAGUCGCAGCUGCUGCAGUAUGUGCACAAGAUCGCUCCGCGGGGCAUUUACACGAGCGGGCGAGGCAGCAGUGCCGUGGGUCUCACAGCCUAUGUCACCAAGGACCCUGAGACACGCGAAAUGGUCCUGGAGAGUGGCGCGCUGGUGCUGAGCGAUCGAGGCAUUUGCUGCAUCGAUGAGUUUGACAAGAUGUCGGACAAUGCGCGUAGCAUGCUGCACGAGGUGAUGGAGCAGCAGACGGUGUCAGUGGCCAAGGCAGGCAUCAUCGCCACACUCAACGCACGCACCUCUGUGCUCGCUUGCGCCAACCCUUCCGGAUCGCGCUACAACCCGCGCCUCUCUGUUAUUGACAACAUUCAGCUGCCGCCCACACUGCUGUCCAGGUUCGAUCUCAUCUAUCUCGUUCUUGACAAGGCGGAGGAGCAAUCGGACCGUCGGUUAGCCCGCCAUCUUGUCGCCCUGCACUACAAGAACCCAGAGAUCGCUGCUGCCGCCACUGUCGAUGUGACCACGCUGACCUCCUACAUCACGUAUGCCCGCACGCGCAUCCACCCAGAGCUGAGCGACGAGGCAGCAGAGGAGCUGGUGAACGCUUAUGUGGAGCUGCGGGGGCGGGGAUCGGGGCGAAAGGUCAUCACUGCAACGCCACGUCAGCUGGAGAGUCUGAUCCGCAUCAGUGAAGCCCUUGCUCGCAUGAAACUCGCUUCCACGGUGACCCAUGAAGACGUUGUGGAGGCAAGGCGGCUGCUGGACGUGGCAAUGCAGCAGUCAGCCACGGACCCCACCACAGGCACCAUCGACAUGGAUCUCAUCACCACGGGCGUGUCAGCCAGUGAGAGGGCCAAGCGCGUGCAGCUGCAGGAGGCGCUACUUUCCUUCCUGCAAGACAGAAGUUCUUCGUCCCGUUCCUCCUUCCGCGCACCUCAGGUGUGGGAGGACCUGAGGCAGCAAUCAUCCAUACCUGUCACCCUCUUUGAGGUUCGCGAGGCUCUAGGGCGGCUGCAUGGGGAAGGCAAGGUGGUGUUCAUUGAUGACACUGUUCGAGUGGCAUGA